GAUAAAGAGAAUACUAGGUGGAGGUUCAGGUGCCCGUUGUUGGAUACGAGCAUAACUACGGUGUCUACGUUUUGAUUAAAUCUCAUUGAGUGAUUCUUUUAAAGAAAAAAGAAAUUUAAUUGUUGUUUCCAGUUGGAUUACCUGUAUUAUAGAACGUACGAGUGUGUUGGUCGGCAAAAUGGUCGGCAAAACUACCAGGCCCCAGUUGGAGCAACGAAUUCAAUGUAUAAAAUUUACCAUCUUCUGCUUAAAUGCCAUCAUAUGGUUGCUCGGCAUCUCGAUGUUUGGAUUGUGCAUGUGGCUGAGGCUGGAACCAGGAUUCCAAGAAUGGGUCGAAUUUCUUGAUAUAUAUGAAUUUUACAUCGGGAUUUACAUCCUACUCGCGGCUUCGAUAUUCAUCGUAAUAAUCACAUUCGUCGGUUGUGGGGUCACGCUUAUGGAGCACAUCCUUGGCCUCUUCGUUUAUGUAGGUCUACAAUUAUUCUGCUACGCUAUCGGCUUGGUGGGGACAGCGAUACUCCUGGACUAUUCUACCUAUGACAGCAAAAUUCAACCGCUUAUACGGCGUUCCAUGACCGCGCUGAUAAAUAAAUACAGCGACGAAAAAACAACGUUCAUUUUGCAAAUUAUUCAAGAAAGCAUCGGUUGCUGCGGUGCCGAUGGCCCAAUGGAUUAUUUGAAGUUGAAGAAACCUCUUCCCAACGAAUGCAGAGACACCGUUACUGGGAAUGCUUUCUUCUAUGGCUGCGUCGAAGAGAUUUCGUGGUUUCUAGAAGGCAGAUCAGGAUGGCUUGCUGGUCUGGCAUUGGCGCUAUGUUUGCUUCAUGUAAUAAUAGCUGCGCUCACUCUGGUGCUUGUACGAGCAAUCAAGAAAGAAGAGCAGUCUGUUACGUUCAAACGUUAAUGUUCGCUCGUUUUUCAACGUGCGUUAUAGAAAUCAGACUGCGGAUCUUUAUUCAAAAUAAAGUUUUAGCUUUACUUUCAAUAAUUUUUUAUAUAUUGCACACAGUGUGCAUUCUGUUCUUUUUCGCACAUUUAAAUUUUCUGUAAAUGCAUAAGCAUCCUCAGUCUACAAAUUAGUUUACGUUUCUUAGUAGAUUUGAGGAUAUAGGUUCGUGAAUCGAAUUUUCGAAUGUUCGUAUAUUCACCAAAAUGGAUUGGCGAUUCAAUUAACAAUACAUUUAAAGAAGACUCUCUCUCUCUCUCUCUCUCUCUCUCUCUCUCUCUCUCUCUCUCUCUCUCUCUCUCUCUCUCUCUCUUUCUGAUUUUGUGCGUAACGUAGUAUAGUAUAUUAUAAUUUUACAGAAAAAUAUUCCAGCGAACUAAUUGUUGAUUAUCCUCUUUGGUUUUGAUGAAGUAUACUCGCAAAACACCCUUGCAUAAUCGGGAUAUAUUACACGUGUCGAUUACAUAAAACAAAGAACAUAGAAUUAUUUUUAUAUACUUUAUUUACAAAAUUUUCAAUAUACAUACAGUCCCGCAUAAUGGUCAUUAAUUUAUUUACAAUAAUUUGCUCACUGACCAAUUACAAUCGUCAUUAAACACCACGCAAUAGUAAGUAAUAAUAAUUUCAAACGACUCUUUGUAACAUCGCACCGGAAAUUCUUGUUUAUUUAUAGUAUGUUAAAUUAUGAGCAAAUUAAACAUUUGAACACUAUUGAACAUCAUCGAACAGCGUCGUGCGUUACAGCUACAUGUAACUGUAACGAAUAAUGCAUAACUGUCAUUGGGCUUCAAAGCAUUUACUAUUAAAUACAAAUAAACUUAUUACAGUUACGGAUGA